AGGAAAACACAGAAACGAGAAAGCAGUGAAAAGUCUUUCUAUCUCUCCUCUCUUUCUCCUAUAUCCCUCGUUCUCAUCCUCUGUCCCGUUCUUCCUCAAAACCGAGCCCUAACCAUCAUCCUCAAUCGUCAAAUCCAAUGGCGGAUCGCGGCGGAGGAUCAGCGGAAGACAAGAUAGCUUACUUCCAGGCCAUCACCGGCCUCGACGACCGUGAUCUCUCCACCGAGAUACUUGCCGCCCACGACUGGGAUCUUGAUCAAGCCGUCUCCACCUUCACCUCAAACCCUAGCCCUAACCCUACAGAUUCCAACAAUUUUCCCGCCGCAUCAACUUCUAAUCCCAGCGAUCGCCAACGCGCCCUUCCAGAGCCCCAACCCUAUACCUCACUCCCGCGCCGUAGGCCUUUGGCUUUCUGGAUCGCGCGGACGUCCUCUCAUCCUCUCUCAUCCUCUCGGCCUCACUCCUCCAAACGCCGGCCACAGGACCGUCUCGCCCUGUCCUCUUCCUGUCCGAAGCUUGCUGCCUUUGUCUCCGCCUUCGAGCGAGAGUUCUCUUCCUCCGAGGGCUCCACACGCCCCAAUUUCGUGGCCGAGGGUUUCAUGGACGCGCUUCAGAGGUCACAGAGGGAGUUCAAGCUAAUGUUCGUGUACCUUCACUCCCCCGAUCAUCCUGAUGUCCCUGAGUUCUGCUUGAGGUGUCUUUGUGCGGUGCCGGUGGCCGAGUUUGUGAACGAGAAUUUCGUGGCUUGGGGA